GCUAACGCAGCAAAGAAUCUGCUUUUUUUGGAGGCCAAAUGUCCUCGAGCAGGAGUGUUUUGCAGAGGAGUUUGUAGCUGCGCCUUUGCCAUGGGUGACUCGGAGGUGGCGGAGCCAGGGACUGGCAGAUCCCUGGGCUGACCUGUUUUGGCAUCCUCUUUCCUUGUUUGUCUCCAGCGUGUUUUAGUUGCACGGGGCAUUAACAUAGUGGCCUCCUUGUGCGGUGCUGACGGAGAGGAAAAAUUUUAAUACAAUGGUUGGCACGAGCUGUGUGAAAACAGCCUUCAGACCUCAACACCUCGCUCGCGCCGGGGUUGUGUGCCCGGCACUGCCAGCCGCCGCGGCCGGGCCGGAGAGCAACGCUGGCCCCUGCUGCCAUCCCGCUGCCCCGCUUGGCCGCAGUCGGGCGUGGAACCCAGCGUCCUGCUCCUGCAGUGAGCCGGCUCCUCCCUCGGCCUGCGGGAUGGGAUCCGACGGGGUGACGGGCUCCCGAGGUUUGGUGGUUUGUCUCAUGCAAAACACGGAGCUCCCGGGAGCUUUGCCUCCGCGCCCCUGCGGGGAGCCUGCUGCAGCUCGGGGUGGCUCCGGGGUCCCGGGGCAUGCUCCUUUUCGGAGCAGGGGCCUCCACGGAAACACCCUCAGGCCCAUGUUCCUGCUGCCAUGGCUCCUCUGGGGGGUUUGCCAUCUGCUGCUCCGACCGCUGGCUGUAGCCACCAGCUCGGCUGGCCGUGCUGCGAGUGUGUUCUGGGUGGCUGCCGCUGGGUCCUGGGGACACUUUCUGGUGACCCCCUGUGCCUCUGAGCCUUCCGCAGCUGAUUCUUCCUUCCCUGCAGUGAGCACGAGGGAAGGAAAGUCUCUGCCUGUGCUGGUGAACGUGAAGUGCCAGGGUGGGAUGGGGCAGUGCUGGGGUGAGCCCUGGGUGUCUUCGCUUCAGAGAGGGAGGCUCUUUGCCAGCCCAAAAGCCAGUUUUCCCUCCAGAACUGUAUCAAACAGACAGGAUCUCAUUUGGGAACAGGAAGAUUUACCUUUAGAGGGGCAGAGGAGAAGGGGUAUCCAGAGACCCGAGGCCUGAGGGUGCCCUUUGUGUCUCCCCACAGGUGACGCACUGACUUGGCAGAUGUUGCCCUGCUCGACGUAGGACCCAAGUGGCUUGGGCCGAGGAUGAGCAAACCGACAGACCUGCAGCACGACCUGGAACGAAGCCUCCCAGCCAUCGCGUCCAUCAGCACCUCGUUCUCCCAGAGCCAGGGCUUCUCCCCCUACUGCUACUUCUCGCCGGAGAAGAGGAAAGCCAUCUCGGACGUGAGGAGGACCUUCUGCCUCUUCGUCACCUUCGACCUGCUCUUCAUCUCUUUAUUGUGGAUAAUCGAAUUGAAUACCAAGGAUGGCAUUCAGAAGAACUUGAAGAACGAAAUCAUCAAUUACAAUUUCAAAACCUCUUUCUUUGAUAUAUUUGUCUUGGCUUUCUUUCGGUUUUUUGUGUUGCUGCUGGCCUAUGCAGUCGUAAAGCUGCGCCACUGGUGGGUCAUAGCGGUCACUACGUUGGUAUCCAGUGCCUUCCUGAUUGUGAAGGUCAUCCUCUCCGAGCUUCUGACCAAAGGGGCUUUCGGCUAUUUACUUCCUAUCGUCUCGUUUGUCAUUGCUUGGCUGGAGACUUGGUUCCUGGAUUUUAAAGUCCUAACUCAGGAAGCAGAAGAGGAACGAUGGUACCUGGCAGCCCAGGCCGUGGCCUCCCGCAGCUCCCUGCUCUACCCCGGGGCCCUUUCCGAGGGGCAGUUCUACUCCCCACCAGAGUCCUUCGCAGGCUCGGACAACGAGUCGGACGAGGAAGGCGCAGGGAGGAAGGCGCUGACAGCUCAGGAGAAGGAGUAUGUCCGACAAGGCAAAGACGCCAUGGAGGUUGUGGACCAAAUCCUCGCCCAGGAGGAGAACUGGAAGUUCGAGAAAAACAAUGACUUUGGGGACGUUGUUUACACUUUUGAAAUACCUUUCCACGGCAAGACCUUUAUUUUAAAGGCUUUCCUGCAGUGCUCUGCUGAAACAGUUUACCAGGAGGUUAUUCUCCAGCCUGAGAAGAUGAUCCUGUGGAACAGAACAGUGGCAGCUUGCCAGAUCUUGCAGCGGGUUGAAGACAACACGAUCAUCUCCUACGACGUGGCAGCUGGGGCUGCAGGCGGUGUUGUCUCCCCAAGGGAUUUCGUGAACGUGCGCCGGAUCGAGAGGAGAAGAGACAGGUACAUUUCCUCAGGGAUGUCGACCACGCACAGCCUCAAGCCUCCGCUCUCCAAGUAUGUCAGGGGUGAGAACGGGCCCGGAGGAUUCAUCGUACUGAAAUGUCCCAGCAACCCCAGGGUCUGCACCUUCAUCUGGAUUCUCAACACGGACCUGAAGGUAAAAGCAGUUUGUUGCUGAUGCGCCAGUGCUGCGGCCGCCUCCCGUCCCCGGCAGAGCUCAGCAGCGGGCUCCGGCAUCCCCCGCGUGGCGCAGGCUGCGUGCUGAGGACCCGCUCUCCGCUCCCAGCGGCUCCGGCCCCGCUCCUGAAAGCGGCUCAUUAUCAACAGCUGCCCUAAGGGGCCUCGGGUUUUACUAGUGGAGGUUGAACUCGACUUGACAAAUCACCCUCUUUCCCCCUGAAGCUGCCCCAGGCAGGGUGGGGAGGCUCUUCCUUACCUGGCAGAGAUCUUGUUGAGGGGUUUCACCUCUCUGGGACUGGGGGAGAGAGGAGAUUUUUAUCCUCUUUGGGGGCUGAAAACAGUGGGGCAUGGGGAGUGUUGUCUGGCUGUUUGCUCCUCCCCAGAACCCGCCGAAGGGGUGAUUCACCCACGGUACCUGUACCCUGGUACCGACACGGCCCCCCCGGCGCGCGUGGGGCUGCGUCCGUGCCCAGGGAAAGGCGCUUCGGCCCUGGGAGCUGCCCCAGGUCGGGAGCUGUUGGCGCGUCGAGUCCUCGCUGGCGGCCCAGACAAAAGGCAGCGAAGGGAGCCGGGGUCGGGCGGAUGAGGCGGGGAGGGGGGAGCCGAGCUGGCCCGUUUUCUUCCUCCGCUGAAGGUUGACGUGGUAACGGGUGCUGC